AUGCCAUUAAUUAAUUUGAAAGUUUGUUUUACAGCUGUUGCUUGUAAACAAAGAUGGCAAAGCCUGAGAGAUGCGUACAGGAGAGCUGUAAAUAAAAAAAAAGGAAAAAGCGGACAAGCAGCCAGAAAUAUUAAACCAUGGAAAUAUGAAAAUGAAAUGGCGUUUGUGGCUCCCUUUUUUAUGGAAAGAAAAACUCAAGGUUCCGUCGAUAUUAUGAUAAGCGAUGAUGAAAUAUCUGACAAUGAAAUAUCACAAUAG